GUUCACUUCUAGGCUCACGCGUGAGCCGCGACCUGUGAAGUGUGAGGCGUGAGCCGAGGUCUAUGGCCCAUCGCAAGUAAGAUUACGUCCAUUCAUUUUUCCACUUACGCUUUUAGGCGUGAGGCGUGAGUUUCUAUGGUCCGGAAGCCUUAGGCAACGCCAUUAUUCACAUUUUUGUAUCUCUUUUCAUUUAAAUUUCUAACAUGGUUACUGUUUCGUCGGCUUGACUUUUCUACGUCUGUUUAGGGUUACUGUCGUCUUUUCUGUUUUGUUGCAAAAUGUAACUAUUCUCACGUGGACACAAAAUGUAACUUAUAUUUUGCAACCACAUACUUUAAGAUAGACUACCAAGUUUUUGGCCCUGGCUUUGGUUUUCUCUGUUGCCAGUAUAAGUUGAGUUAUUGUCUCGAACGGUAACCUUGGACUCAAACAUGGACACGAUGAACAAUUAUGCUUUUUUUACUCUUCGUUACAAUACUUUGGGCUGAAAAAUGUUCAUGUAUUUACUUGUAACCAAUUAAUUUGUUUAAGGUAUAAAGUUAAAAAAGCAAACAACAGCGUUCGUUUUUCUCUUUGGUGGUAGACGCAGUCGUUUUGUUUUGGUCCCUUUUCUUAAUUCAGUUGUUGUUGUGUUAAUCUGUGCCAAGUGGCAACGGCAUCCCUUUGGUUACGCUACCAGCCCCGUAAUCAUGAGAUUGUGGAUUUGGGGACUCGAGCGUCAGAUCGGUUCGACGCUGUGUCUUUGGGAAAGGCGCUUUACACGGCGCUCGCUGGUCCCGCCUUUAAAUAUCCUAAUAGUGUUGAUAGAGGCGUUAAACCUAUAUCUUUUCACAUAAAUUUACAGUCUCUUCCAGUCGAGAUGUCUUGUUGGAAACUGUUCCUCUAAAGAAAAACUAUCACAAUCAGCAUUGCAACCACAACUACAGCAGCAGCAGCAGCUGCAACAUUGAUUACAACAGAGCAUCAGCAACAGCAAAAGAAUCGCACUGACAAAUAAAUGCAAAGAAAAUUACAAAAACAACAAGACAACAGAGACAUACCCCACCCCCAAAAAUGACAACACUAAAAGUACAAAGGUACUGGAGCCUUCGCUGUGUAGAAAAAACAAUAAUAUUGAUAUUCCUUAUCUGUCGAUUCUCUCGCUAGGCAUACACUCGUGUCUUGUUUCAUUCUUUUGUCACGAAGGAGGCUUUGGGUUUCCUUUGACUCCUACAUGUAUACUACCUACCCUGUAACACUUUGUAGGUUUCUAUCAUGCGUAGGUUCUAGGUGGUAUCACAAGGACCAUACUACACAUAACCCCCUUGUGGUAUCUUGGCGUCUUUUCCAUAACAGCCCCCAGCGUCACAAUAAGACUCGUGCUCUUACUCAUGUUUCCGUAGCCUGUUCUAAAUGUACCCUUUUUGUAACUCGAGAAUUUAAUGGCGUUUCUUGGAAUAUUUUUAGUCAAUGAAGAAGGUGAUUGAAGGGCGCCACUGCCAGUUCAUACAUUUGUAGUUUUCCCCUGUUGUUUCUGUUGUCCAUGAUUCUUAUUUUUUCCCCUGGUAUUAAAUGGCCGCUAUUGUGUUGAAGUGCUUUUUUAGAACUUAAAACGAAGUCGGUGUUUUUGAGUUUACUACAUGUAUUGAGACUCUCAUAAAGAGCAGAUGCGUUUUGAAAACCUUUCCGUUCUGUGUUUUGCUUGACAAUGAAAUAAGUAACCAUACAGGAUUAUUUGGUUCUUCAGAUUUUCUGGAGCCUAGGGAUCCGUCAUUCAUUUCAAAGUGUGAGUGUGCACUUUAGCACACGCACAUGCAUUCGUGCUCUUGCACAAACCCACACGCGUACACACUCAUAUACACACACUUGGUACUUACUCUCCCUCACACACAUACAUGUGCAGGCCCGUUAAAGACCAGCAUUUGCAAAUUUUGAAGGCCACAGUUCGACUAGGAAUUAUAAAGUGCAGCAGGUAGCAGCAGUGCCAUUUUGUUUAUGGAUCUGACCCCCCUCCCCGUUUUCCCCCACUGGCCUUCCUUUAUACGCUUAUCGUGUGAUCGAUAUCUUCCGUCAGAUGUACUUCCAAGAUCAAGUGCUGAUAGUCUUUUCUGACUAGAGCUAAUUGUAUUUGGCAAUGUUUCUUAAGGUGUGAAAAUGAGAACAGCCUCGGGAAGGUGUUUGAUAGCGUGCAAUUCUUCCUCCUUUUACGCCCCCCUCCCCAGUACUGUCAACAAAAUCAGUAAUAACGAGAACGUUGAGAACUACUCCACCAAUAGCCGGACUUCCACCAACGAACAAUUAGAUAAAAUACCCCCACCCCCUCAAAAAAAAUAUAUAAAAAAAUCAAAAAAUCUCGCAAAAUAAGAAAAGGGUAAAAAAGGACAGAAAGCGCAAAUAAAAUUAACUGACAUCACACAAAUUCAUGAAGAGCAUUUCCCCCACCCCUCCCUCUCCCAAUCGAAGUAUUCAUUUUUAUAACUUUUAUCGGUUUACCCACUUAUUACACAGACCAUCCCUUCUAAUUACCACGUGCGCCGCCCCAACUCGCCCGGCCCCUCCCCGCCCCAAAUCGUAACGACAUUAGUAACAAGGUGUCGCCAAAUCAAUACUGUGUAAGUUACCGAGGAAGCUCUCCAUAAUUCUCUCUGCGUUCAUGUUGACGUUGUUCCCAUUCCUUAAUUCUUUACUCUAUUGACCUAUAUUUUACCCUGGCUGCUUCAGCGCACAAUGGGAAUAAUUUCUUGAGCCCGCUGUAAGACAGGGGCCUGUGGCGUGAUGCCUUUCACUGGCGUUCACUGAUGUAAGCUGGUCCUUUCAAAAUCUGAACGUUAUUGAGCAGAUUUGCCGUACAGAAAUCACCACUGUUUAAAUAUGGCCGGUUUCGUGUUCAUUUGUCAUAAACUAGGACUCGAUCGACUUAAGCUCGGUGCGGGCUUCUACUUCUACGAGAACUGGCUUUUUCUCUCCCAGUGAUAGAUCUCAACGACUAUGUCGUAAAAUGUCAAGACGGUGUGCACAGGAUUCGCCCUCGUUGAGUUUAAAAGCGCGGGAGAUUUUCUUGGCUCUUUUGACCGUGCGGCGAUCGGUGACGAGAGCGCGUCUGAGCAAAGAGAAUCGUGAACGUUAGAUUAGAGCUAUAUCGAUUGUCUAUGGAACUUGGCGCCACUCACACACGGUGGUCGCUCGUGGCUGUUGCUUGUUGAAGUCGUCAUCCGCGCCUAAGAUGGUGUGUCGUCUGCUAGCCUACCGGGACGGCCCGUCUUUCACUCGCAGUCAGAUUGGAUGUCCUCCUCCCGCCAGCGCGACAGGAUAUAGUUUUCAGUUAGCGAAAUUUACUCUUUCAUGACGGCGGUGUUUAAAAACUUUCUUUUUAAGCGGACGACGAUAUGGUGCGUUUAUCCACGUGGGAUGGAAAUGUGUGCGCAUAUAGUGUUUUAGUGUUUUGUUACCCCCCCCCCCUCCAGUGUUUUUCGUUUUUCGCUCGUAACACGGGAGUAAUUUUAAUGGCGUUGUAACAACACCACUUGUGUCGUAAUUUCUAAAUUGCACAAUAGGCACAACUUCUUUCGGUGGAAUCCAGUUCUUGUGCCACUCUCUGUGGUUAGGCGGAGUCAGUAUCGGUUAUCAUUCACAGUGUUUUUCUUGGGGCAUUUCAAACGACGUCGUUUUACUAUCUGGACUCAUGCAGAGUGUAGAAAGAACUGGCGUGUUUUCACCAUGGAAUGUUGAUCUUAGUUUCGUUUGCCACGUGCAAUAAUCCCUUUACGUGAUGACUAACGGACUAGAAGCUCUCUCUUACACUCUGUCAUCUGUUUGAGGAGUCGCUGUUUCAGCUAGAAGUACAGUCAAAACUGUCUAAGACGGCCAUUCACCGUCGAAGAGAACAAUAGCCGUCUUAAACAGGUUGACGUCUAAAACAGUGCCAUCAUAAUGUAAAAUAAGGAAAGGGUAGAAACGAAAAGUGGCCGUUUGUGCAGGUGAUUGCUUCAUACAGGUGACCGUUGGAGCAGGUUUUGCUGUAGAGAGCUAGCAGCUAACAAGUGAAGAGGCCACAAUGUACACCGUGGUGAAAACGCUUCAGGUCCCUACUGUGAAGAUGCGCGGGCCGUGUCUGGACUCCUCAUCGUCUGGUUUCGAAAAGGUUUUACAAUCUCGCGCACAGUUGCCGUACGUGCACGAAGUGUUUUUGAAACGCAAGAAACACCCAGGUGUGCACGGCGUGCGUGUGACGCUCUUCUCUCUCACCGGACUCGGUGACGUCACGGAUCGUAUUACGCCCCAGCCAGAGUUGGAACAGCCUGGCGUGGAGUAUCAGCUGUCCUUAUGCCUGUACGACGCCACCUACCGACAGUUCUUUGGUCGACAAUGGAUGGGUCCCAACCUCGCACCGCGGGGAUCCAAGCUGCAGUACAACAAGAAUGUGUACUUCCACACGAGCAUCCACAACAGCAACAUCAUCCUCGUGGUGGAAGUGACCGCGCACUCGGUGGCCCCCAAUGGCCGACCGCAGCACGUGAGCUGUGGCUGGUGCUUCCUCCGACCCUUUGGCUCAGACAGUGGCAUGCCAGACUCCUCACGCAACGUGCAGUCCCAGACACAGAAAAUUCAGUUGUAUCAUGGAUCUCCCCGAGCAUUGUACUUCAUGGAUGAGCCGCUUGAGGGAAACCAGCUGCUGCGUGCUGUGGAGGGGUGUGAGCUCAACUGCAGCCUAGCCUCCCACAAGGCACUGCUGCAGAUCGUCAGUCUGUUGCCAGAGAACACGCUGGUGGACGCCAAUGACACCGUCCCUGGCAUGGUGGACACGACAGGUGGGGAUCGAUUCAAGAAGCCACGUCUACAACGUCAUGUCCCCAUUGAGAUAGACGGCUUGGUCCUUCACCUACAGCCCAAUGUGGACAAGUUUGAAGAGGAGUUGUGUAACUUGAUGCGCGAGGAUCGGUCUCUCCGAGAGAACAGACCGAAAGACUCACUGGAUGUCUGCAUAACGGAGCGAAGACUACAGGUGGGUGUGCACAACGGCUGGUGUUAUGUGGAGAAGCCUAGUGUGUUCCACCUGGAGAAGCUGUCCGGUACUCCCAGCCGCAAGCCCACGGCCAGCCCAUCCAUGAGACGCAGCAGUCGCUUCCACAUCCGCAGGAACAGCACGGGCUCUUCUAGUGGAGGGAGUGCAGGGCAUACGUUUUUAGUUCUGAAGAACAAGAUCCAGAUCAACGAACUGUUGGAAGACCCAAUGUGUGCGGUGGUGUUCACUCUAGAGUACAUUAUAGGGGAGCCCCUAACUGCCCAGGAUCGCAGGCAAAGUCACAGUCUGGCACGGGCUCACUCUCGCACAGUGAGCGUUCGCUGGGCUUCAUGGACUCCGUUGCUGCACCCCAACACCAUGGAUGUGAAGAUGGCGCUGGUGGGCGGGCCGCUGCGCUCCCCGGACGACGCCCUCGUGUACAAAGUACCGGCCACAAGCAUGCAGGACCAGGCUGUGGCGGUCACCGCGGGAGGUCUUCUGGAGUUCCGCUGGGCUAAGGAUGGGGAGGCGAUGAUGCCAUCAAGCCACUCUCUGGCUGUGCCGGACUAUCGUGGCAUCGGCUCUGCGGGUUCUCUGCGGAGUGAUGGCAGCGAGGCUCUCAUGUUUGACAUGAGCUCUGGGGCUGCUGGGGACUACAUGGGGAGGAAACCUCCAAUUGGGAAAUUCAGCCAACCCAGGCACAGCGUAUUCUCCACCCGGAGUAUGGGGGUCGUGGGUAGCUCCGAUACCAGUCUGCCUCAAGAUGGACCUCAGGCAGCAGCAGCAGCAGCAGCUGCAGCCGCAGCAGGAAUGGUUCCCGAUGCCUCUGGCAUGAUACAGUACCCCGGCGGCCACAUGGCCCAGUACCCCGGCGGCCACAUGGCCCAGUUUCCCGGAGGCCACAUGGCCAUGCCACAGAUGACGGUGGCCCAGCAGCAGCUCAUGUCUAUGUCCAGCAUGUACCCUCAGAUGUACACGCCCCCGGCCGGCCUGCAGCCUAUGGGCAUCAUGCACAUGCAGGAGACUGCUGCCCAAGCAUCAGAGCUGAGAGACUUGCCCUUCACACCAGUACACGCUCUGUCCUUGGCACCUGGACCUUUGCCCAGAGGAGGCCGUGGCUUAUCCCGAGCAGCGUAUGCCAGACUGUACGCCGCUGGCUUCCCCCCCCUGUUGGAUCGUAACGGGGACCCGCCGGAGGUGAUAGACCCUCAGGGCCACCAUCUGGUCAACCUGACCAAAGAACAGGCUGAUCCUCUGCAGUCCAAUGAACUGAUUUUUCAGUUUUUGGCUUAUUCCAAAGAGCCAUCAGCUGAUGCAGUCCAUGCCCAGGGUCAAGGCCACCCAGCCACAGUCUUCUUCAGCUUCCAGUUUUACAGGUUCCCUCAGGUCACCACAGAAAGAAUGCUCUUGUCCAAGGCCACGAAUGACCUGUCCUCCAACCCCCAAGCCAUGCCGUUCAUCCUACAGAGGCUCAACGCUGACGGUUCUGUCAUGGAAGGUCCUCCAGGCCUAGAGGUGAAGUAUUCCAUUGAUCCAACAUACCUGAAGCCUGGGGAGGUAUCUCUGUUCUGGCAACACCUGUCUCGACAGACCAUGCACAUUGAUGUAUGGGAUGGUGAUUCUUUGCUCCUGAUUGGCUCCAGCUCUGUGGAACUGAAGUACCUUUUCCGUGGAGGGAAUGAAGCAGUGCAGACCACAUUUGAGUUAGACGUCCUUACCACCGAGUACCAGGAGGACUCGUCCGCUCUGACCGGUGAUGUGACCCGCGGGGGCAGCGUGCGACCUGUUGGGGUCAACUGUGUCAACCGGGGAAGGCUACACUUCCGUCUGGCUAACAUUGGCUAUCCGGUAGACAGACGGAAAACUGGCGACUUUCACUCAGUGCCCAGCAAGACCCAGGUGGUUGUGUCCCAGACCGCUGGAAACUCUUCCUUCAAAGGCGGCAGUCUGUCAGCCAUCAUCCCCCCAGCAGGUACAAAGAAAGUCCGAGUCGCUCGGGCUAAGAACUUGACAGAGAACAGGGAAGUGGCAUCGUUGCUGUUCUCUGAGCAGAAGAAACUGGAGGCCUUGACCUUGGGUGAUGAAGAAGAACUGAAGCCCCGUGAGGGAGAUGCUGAGAGGCAGAGGAAGCUUGCGAGACUGCAGGCGGUGAAGGCAAAGGAGAUGCCGGAGGAGGACAACAAAGCUGUCACAACCAUCAUGGGCUAUCGUCGAGACAAAUCGGAAAGAACUCGGGACUACAAAACAAUCGACAUCUACCGUCACCAGACGAAGCACGAAGGCAUUCUCAACAUGCUGAACACUUCCAUCACCUCGGAGCAUGUCCUGUUCCCGUCCUUUGGCACCGCCGAAUUCUUUGAGUUUGUGCUCAGAAACCCAUUCAAUCAUGAACAGACGCUCACCAUCGAGAUUAGUGAUCCUGAGUUGCACUUAAUCACCGACGCCCGGGAGUGGCGGCACUACAAGCAGCUGAGCCAGCUGACCACCCCGGUGGAAGAGGGCAUGUUCACGUCUGCCAGCAGCGAUAAGAAAAAGCCGCAGAUUUUCCUGCGUCCCAAGGAGACGGUUAACAUUCCCCUCAAGUUUCAGACUUUCAAGACAGACAUGAGCGUUCUACCACAAGGCCCCUCGAACCCCUUCUCCAAAGUUAAUCGACAGACAGAGAUGGACAAGACUUUAGAGCCCCGGAUGGUCAGGGUGUUGUUCCGGUCCCAAGAAGGCAAAGUUGUGGCCAUUCUGAACAUCAAAGUGGAGCCUCAGCCUCACGUGGUGGACCAGACAUUCCGCUUCCACCACCCUGAGAACUCCUUCCUCAAAAAGUCUGUCAGGCUUCCACCAUUCCACACUCUUCCAGGUGCCCCUGUUGGGGGAGGCGGCAUCAGUCAAGUGUUUGUCCGCUGCAGCGACCCCAACGUGGUCCUGGACUGUAAGCCCACCCAGCCUGGGGAGCCGCACGAUAUUUUCAUGAAGGUUGCACUAGCUGCAUCUCCACAGAUCAAAAGGUUCUUUGUGUGUGCAUACAUCGACCCUUUCCUGUCUCGGCCCACACAGAUCUGGCAGUGCUACGUACAUGCGCUGCAACGUGUUGAUGUGUCCUGUGUAGAGGGACAAACCUCCCGAAUCUCUCUGCUGCUCAAGGGCACACAAGCCACCAGGCUGGUCAAAGUCUUCUCCUCCCACCCGGAAGAACUCCAGAUGACCCCCCAGGACCCCUUCAUUCUGGCCGCUGGGACCGUACACGAGGUGACAGCCGCUGUGCGGCCGGUCAAGUCAGGCAGCAAGUUCUUUUACCUACAUGUGGUGGACAUGGAGUACCACCAGCUGGUGCGCGCCUGGCUUCUGUGUGCCAGCUGCCGGUCGCCCAUCGUGUCCCGAGCCUUUGAGCUGACGCUGCCCGUGGGCGGCGGGAAGAACAACAGCAAGCGUAUCACUUACACCAACCCGUACCCCGUGCCCAAACGGUUCCACCUUCUCUGUGAUCGGAACGAUCUCCUGCAGUUCAAAGAGCCGUUAUUUGAGCUGGAAGGCGGAGCGUCGCAGGCGAUAGGUUUGAGGUUCAUGCCCAUCAUGCAGCCCGGCUCGGCUGAGAUCAUGGUGUUUAUCAAUGACGAGGAAGACAAGAAUGAAGAGACGUUCAGAGUGACGGCAACAUACAAGUUCAUGUAGUCUUGCUAUAUCUGAAAUUGUCUUCUGAUUCGUACUCAUUUCUAAAUGACUAAUGUAUGAGAAGAAAAAAACGCAUAGAAAGCAUGAUUUAGUAUGUGAAAGAUAAUUAUAGUUUUAUUUACAUUUGUAACUAACAUUUUUUUUAGAUCUAAUGGAUAGAAAGCAUGGUUUGCAUAUCUCAUUUUCCAUUGAAAAUACAUCCUUAUUCAGAAAACUCCUUACAUUUUCAAGUUGAAUACUUGAAUACAUCAUGGAGCUUUUCUGGUAUCGUAUUACUCUGUGAAUAUGCUCGCUUAGUUCAGUUUAUUGCUAUUUGUCUUGUAAGAGACACCCAUUUUAUAGGAUAUAUAUAAAAUAUAAUAUGUAUCAUCAGCAAAUAGAUAUGAUCAUCGAAACAAGUACGCACUGUGAUAGAAUACAUUGUAAAGUUGUUGCUAUUUAUAUAUUUUGAAAACUGUUUUUUUGUUUUGUUUUAAUGUGUCCUACUUAAAUUGAUCCAGCCAUGAAUUCUAGUGUGAAUUCAGAUCAAUCAUAUCAACUGGAAUAAAUGUUGAACAGCAGUCAAUUUUGUACUUGGUCAGGUGAUGGAGACCUACUUAUGUUUGUAUCUAAGUGAAAAUGUUUGUCUUUUUUUUCUAGCUUCAUUCACUCACCAGAAGGGGAACUUUGCCAAGUGUGUGUGCUGGUGUGUUUGUCAUGAUGUGUGUUAUGCAGGUGUGUUUACCUCACCUGUGUGUGUGUGUGUGUGUGAGAGAAAGAAGGAGACAGAAAGAGGGAGAGGGGCUUAGUAAGAGGGGAAAAUGCAUGUAAAUAUGUAUAAUUAAAAAUCACUUUGACAAGGAGAAAAAAUUAUGUCUAGACUGAACUUUUGUUUAUCAAGUUAAGAGUGUGCAGAUUUGUUCUAAUUUGACCCUAAUUUUCCUCUCCUUUUUCUACGCGUUUGAGUUAUUUUGUUCCAAAGCAUAUAAUUUUCCUCUCCUUUUUUUAGGCAGCUAUUUUCCAUUUUUUAAACACAUACAUUUUUAGUUUUGUUUAUAUAUAUAUCUUUAGUCUUUAGUCCAUAAGUUGCUCUGGCUGGAUGUUCAUGACGCCCUUUAUGAUGAAGCUGUGUACAGUUGGCCUAGGCAUCAUUUUGUUUAGUUAAUCAUGACAUGGAGUCUUGGAGAAAAUGUUGCAGUGUUGUAUGGUUAUGGUUUUAAAAGUAGAUUUACACUUUGUUAAGUUUAGAAAGAUGCAAUGCGAAAAUUUGAAUAAAAUGAUUGAGAGAAAAAAUUGUUGGGGUGCCAGUCUAAAAGUUUGAAAAUUGCCGACCUAGCAAUGGCUCUUAUUCAUUAUCCCUAAAAUUAUUGGCAGAAAGUAGUUGCUCGUGAUUCUUAACAGUAACAGUACAGUGUUAGCUAUUUAGAUGAAUUGUUACUUUUCCCCCACACCUGGGUCGCAAAUUGGGUCAGUUUUUGUUCAUUAUUAAAACAUUUUGUUUUAUUUUCUGAUUUUUUUUUCUUGGGGGUCCUUGUUCAAGUGCUCAGAAUCUUGAAUACUUGAUAUUUAGCAUCAUUGUAGUAAUGUGUGUGGAACGUUUUUUUCAGGAGUAAGCAGAGUCUUUUUGUUGUCUGGGAGUGGGAGAGCUCUUCUGGAGGAGAUCAGUAUGGGUUUUUUUCUAUUACAGGUAACUAGUUGUAUAUUGAGUGGAAGAAAACUUGUUGGGCUGGUGUAGAUAUAUAGAUCUACAUUUUGUGUAUCCCAAUCCAUUUUUUUGGUGCCUUAUUCCGUCCUCUCUGCUCGUGAUUUUAUGACUUUUAUGGAAAUAUUUACUCAACUUUUGUCUCUGUGCGUUAGUCAUAUUUAUGGUCCUUUUUGGGACAAAGAUGAAUACAUGAAUAAAUAUGUAGUCAAAGUACAA